AUGGAAUAAUAGUAAAAUGAAUAGGGUCAACCACUUAGAAUUGAAGAACCUGUAUUUAAACUGACCACUUAAUUGAUGAAAACAUGCAAUCCUAAGUAAGAGAGUUUAAGACAUCUAUGAAAGAAAUUUAGAUAAGAAAUUCCUCAAAGACUUCAAAAUCAAACCCAGUGAGACUCUUGUCAAUUUGAAUAAUACAAAAUUAGAUCCUUAAUCUCCAAAAACCAGCAAGGCAUUGUAGGAUUUAAACAUAUUUCCAAACUAAUUGGAAUUGCAGUACAAUAAUUUCUUAUACUCAUAGAGAUAAAUUAGAGUAUAAAAAAAAUGGAGAAUCUUAAGAAUUAACAGAAAAAAGAUAUUGGUUACACUAUUUCUAGGUUGCUUAAUUAAAAAAGGCUGUAAUUUUGUAAAGGAAUAAGUAUAAAAGAGAAGAAUGGAUUGAAAAAUAGUAACGUCCCAAAUCGAUCUAAACUCUGGAUCAAAGCAUGAAUAGUAGUAUCAAUAUUAGUGAAUAUGUUCCUUAUAAAAGUCCUACUGAAAUGAUUGAGAGCUGGAUAGAUAGUCAAGUGUAAUCAAGUGAUCGCCAAUUAUAAAAAUUCAACAAACUAUAAUAGGUAAAUUAUUUCAAAAUAAUAAUAUAGAAAAGAAAAGAAUUAGAGGAAUAGACUUAAGAAGAAUAGGAAAAGUACAAAGAGAAGCUAGAAAUAAUAUAGGAAAAGAAGAAAAAGAAUAGAUUAAACAAUUUAAAGUAGAAAUCAUAAAUUGCGAGAAAAGAUGUAUCUAAAAGUUUAGAAGUUUCUACUAAAAUGAAGACUGUUAUUCAAGAAGAGAAAUAUAAAAAUGCUUAAUUAAAAAAAUUAUAAACAGAAUAAAAUAUUGAAAAAGCGUAUUUAAUAAAUAUUAAAAAAAUAGAUAAAAAAGAGUUGAUCAAAUAAAAUAGACAUAUGUAGAUGUUUUAGAGGAAAAAUAAAAGAUUUAUGAAGAAAAAUUACAUUAAGUUUUAAGAAAGAAAGAUGAAUAGGAUUAAUAAUUGAUGUAAUAGAGAUUAUAAGAUAUUUAAACAGAGAGAACUAAUAAAUCUAUUAAAAAAAUUAGAAAAUCAAAUGAAUGGUCUACAAAAUUGCCUUUGUUGAUUAGUAGAAGUGAAGCUUAAUUUAAAAAUGUUUAUAAUUCUAAUUUAGCUUCAGUUAUUGAAAAAUUUUAAAAGGAAGAAAAAAAGAAACUUAAAUUACAUAAAUCAUAAGAAAUAGAGAAAGAACAAGUUGAAGAAAUAAAAUAAAAAGAAGAAUAAUUUAAGAAAAGAUAUUCAGAUAAACUCAAAUAAUUUGAGUAAUAUUAUGUUGAUAUAAAAUAGAAAUAAAAGAUAAAAAAUUGAAGAGAAAUUUGCUUAAAAGGAUUAAUAUUUAGUUGAACACUUAUAAAAAAAGAAGGAAGAAUUAGAAGAGAAAUUUGAAAAAAUUAGAGAAUUAAGUGCAGAAAAUGAGAAAAGAUUCGUAAAUAUAAAAUAAUAAUAUAACAAUAAAUGUGAUAAAUAAAUGGAUAAAGAAUAAAAGAAAUUUAAAUAAAAUAUGAGUCUCAUAAAAUAAAGAGAAUAAAUAAUUGAGUAGUUAAGAUAUAAAAGAUUCUUAGAAAAGAAUAAACCUUUGACUUUAUCUUAAGAUACUACAUCAAAAUAAAGUGAUAGCAAACUUUAAUUAUGA